UCCCGUGCAGUGCAGCAAGGGCUGAGGCUUCAUGUAAUUAAUCUGUGUGUGCUCCUGAGUGCUCAGCCUGAGAUCAGUUUUCUCUGCGUCGUAACCGAUCUUCUGCUUCUUGAGGGCUUCGCCUCUAAUGCUAACCUUCUCAGGAGGGAAGUGUGAGCCUUAAUGUCUGAUAGGGGUAAAUGGAACAGCUCUGAGGUACCUCUUAAACUGAAGCUGAAGGGAAGAAAAUACUGUGUGGUUUCUACCGGGUCACUUUUUCCUUCAAAGCCUCAGUAUGUCAGGCAUGGAAACAGUUUAGUUGGAGCCUUGCUACUGAAAGAACACUAACUCAUUUCUGUGAGAUAAGGCACUGGGUCCCGUUGAGGUACACCUGUCUUUCUGAAAUUCAGCUUUUACUUUAAUUAGCUGAUAAAACCAACAGUCAGGACAAAAAGAAAAAAAAAAGUAAUUGGAUCCAAAACUUGAUAACAUUUUAAAAAAAUACUGUUUUCUCAAAUAUGAUCUAUCACAUUCCUGUGAAAUAAAUGCUUUAAUUAAAUUUAGCCAAAUAGUUUUUAAAAUAGGUAUUUGAAAAGUAGAUGUUAUUAAUGUUUGGCUAUGACAGAGUUUAUAAUCUGGAUUUCCUAAAGUCCACAUGGUUUUUCCAUAGUUUUGAUGCUAAUCAAAAUGCUGGUUCUAAAAUGGUGUGAAUGUUGGCUCUAAAAUGGUGUUAAUGAAAUAUUUGAUGUUGUAAAAAGAGUAUUUGUUGUGUAUGUAAAAAGAGAUUUUUUUUUAGAAGUUAGUGAACAAAAUGCCAGAAUACAGAGGCAAAUCUAAGAAAUUAAGCAACUACAGGGAUCAGAAUUGGGCAUUUCAUUGUGGCUUUGGGUUUGAUUUCUUCUAGUUAAAUUUAAAUCUAAAAUUUAAAUUUAUGGGGAUGUUUUUCCAGUAUGUCUGUCAGUGUGUUGCAAGAUGAAACACAGGAGAUGGUUCUGGUUUUCUGUUGUAGAGCAGCACAUUCAAGCACGGCCCCCUAACUGGAUGAGCGUGGGUGAAUGGAUCCCCAGGGGCAACUGGGUCUCUGCAGGGGUGGGGUCACCUACACAUUUCCGUUUGCAGGGAUAUCUGGAUUGUGCCCUAUAUAUAUAUGACAUAGAUUACAAUUAAUUGUAGUGGCAGGUAGCAUUUUUUCUUUCCUUAAGGAAAUGUUGACUCCUGAUAACCACCAAAGCGUUAAUUGCUGUUCUUCAAAUAAUGUUUGGUGAGAUCUCCACUUUGUUCCAUUGUUUAUUUUUCAAUAAACUGGAAAUAUGUGUGACCCCUUAAAAAAAGUUUUCAGCUUUGUAAUGAUAUCUAAUUUAUUUUGUUCAUAGUUCUUUCUCUAUAAAGGCUUGCAGCAAAAUUUGGCAGCUAAACAGAAGGCCUAAGACUCUAAGACCUCUUUUUCUGUCAAAGUUGGGAGUUUUUGUUUUGGAAGAAAAAAGAUGAGCUUUUCUAAAGCAGUAACCUGGAAAAACAUAACAGAGCCUGCUCUGCCCAUUUAUCAUUUUUGAAGCUACCAUUAAAUUAACUGACCCUGAUGUUCAUCCCUCAUCCUUUUGUGUCAUCCAAUUUCUUUUUCUGAAAUUAAUUUGCCUUUUUGUCUUGGUCAUAACAAAUAGGAUAUAACUGGAGAACAUUGCUGAAGAAGUGCUAAUGAGGCUUAGUGGAGGUCAGAAUAUUUUGGUCCAAGUUAAACAAGAGGGAAUAGAAGGAGGAGAUAUGGGAGCUGUACAGCAGCAAUUAAUCUUGGAAUUGCAAAGGAAGAAAUUGUAAUGUAAAUGUACAGAUAAUGGUGUAAUUUUAAGGGCACGUUGAAUCAAAGCUUCAUCUUGUAUGCAUUUAAAAAAGGAGAGCAGUAGUAUUUUUGUGGAAGGUGCAGAAUGAGCUUUGAUCCCUGACUGGUUUCAGUGCAUUGCCCUCCUUGUAGGCCCUGCUCAGAUGCAAAUACUUCUUACAUCCUCUCUCCAAGUUCAUGUCCUACUUCAGAAAAUAUGUACUGUUGUGUCACAAGUGUAUUUAAUGAACAUGGUUACAUCAUAGUUAAAUAUGUGGCAUUGGUCAAUACUCUUGUUAGUCAUACUGCAAAUUAAAAUAAAAAAAAAGCAAAGGAACAGAGGCACAAGUACUUCUUAGUAAGGCUAGCCAAAAAGUGAAGAGCUGUGAAGAGCAGGUACCCACUCGUAUCUUCUCUUGUGUUUUGGCACAUGAUCAUGGCUGGUAACAGAUGAAGAACAGUGAGGAAAUACAUGGCCACAGGUAGAGGAUUGAAAAUAAUUUAGCAUAAGGAGAUAUUUUCCCUCAGUAAUUCUUUAUCAUCAAGUCCACUGCAGUUUUGGUGUAAGACAGUAUUUUUUUUUUUAAUUGACAUUUUGUGAGGAAUCUAAUGAUAGUCAAGAAUGUAUAAAAGACACUGUGAGUAUUGGUUCUGAAGUGGUGGAAAUAUAUGGCUUUAGGAACUCUCAGUAACGUAUCAGAGUAGUAAGUGAUGACCUACUUGUACAAAAUACAUUAAAACCCAUGGAAAAGAGUCAAAAUGAAGUUGUGGUUCACAGAAAAAGUUAUAGUCAUCUUGUUAGGUAACACAGAAAGUAAUUUUAAAAAAUACUCUUUGGCACUUGAAAAUACAGUUUUCCUUUUUUUCUUUUUUUUUUUUUUUUUUUUUGUGCAGCUUUUCUACACUUCAGGGAAUACUAAGCUCAUCUUUCCUAGCUGUUUGACUUUGAAAGGCCUUGAGCUAGGAAUAUCCCAGCUGAAGAAUGUGGAGGCUGUGAAGGAGGAAAAUAAAUUGAUUUUGUGAAAAAAGCACUAAAAGAGUUGUCUUUGCAAGAGAAAAAUCAUUCCAAAAGAAUUGCUUCCAACAGCUGGGCAGAUCUGUUUAAAGUUCUGCAAAUGGAACUUUGUUGAUUAGUAAGGAGUUUCCUUAGUUUUCUGAACAAAAAUAUCUCUUUUGUGUUUGUAACAGUUACAAAUGGGAACCUGAUGUGAAAGAUCCCAGCCCUUGGACCGUCUUGGUAAAAGGGCAACAGCAUAUAGUAAACAGCAUUAUAGUCUUUGCUAAACAGAAAGCAAGUCAAUAAUAGUAUUUACAUGGCACUGAAACACUCUGUUCUCAUGCAGAGAGACGUUUAUAAAAAUCUUAAUGACAUAAGUCUUGAAUUUGGACGAAUGGCAGUUGACUGUCAGAUCAUGCUUUGAAUGACCUCGAACUGCAGUAGUAGCUGGUGUUCUCCUCAGGGGAGCUGGGCAGGAGGAGAACAGAGGGAGGGUUUCCUGUGGGAGCUGGCCUGCCAGUCUGCUCACCAGAGUCUGCCCAGAGGGGCUCAGCCCUGAAAUGCCCCAAUUUAGCUGGAGUAUAUUUUGUUUGUCUUAGCAGGACAUUCAGCAAAAAGUGACAACAUUUAAUACUGUCUGCUGUAUUGAGGCACUUGUAUACUGGAAUCACCUUCAAAAAAAGCCGGAAUAAACCAGUUUGUGUUCAGUCAGCUGAAGAAAUACAAUGCAGCUCCUUAUUAAGACUUCAUAAGAUGACUGAUGUAUUAUACCUGAAUAGAAGAGAUGAACACAUGCCCUCCAAAAUAUAAUCUUGUUAGCAAUGGGUCAUUUUUUUUCAUUUAAACAAUCUGUUGGAUAAGAUGAAUUCCCCUGUCUCUUUGCAGAACACUUGAGUGUAUUUUUAUAAGAAUAAGUUUACUUUCCUUUUCAGUAAAUUUUGUUCCCAACUAGUAAUAUAAGCAAAAAAACUACCUUAAUUUAUUGGAUUGCUAUUGUUUAGCAGGAAAUCAGUGGUAAAAUGUUCCUGUGUCAGAUGAAGAGAAGAAAAUAUAAUUAUGGCUUUGGUUUAACACUCUGUGCAAGGAGUAUAUAGAGUCAGGGAUGAAAGUUUGCUUAUCUGUCACAUGGCCCUACCACUCUGCUAUGCAGUCAAGUGGGAAAGGCACAUCCAGCCUCAUCAAAUGCUGAUGAUUUAAACAUAUUUCUUGUACAGUAAUGUUACAAAAAAUCAUCUUGGUCGGGAAAUAAAAGGAGGAAAGCUGUGAAAUAAGAUUUUUUUUUCAGCUUUUUAUUCCACACCUUCCUUUGGGAAAAAAGAACAGCAAAUUGGACAGAUGCACUGUUAAUAAAAAGCACAAAAUUGAAGUGUCAGAUGCAGAUAGACAAGGCCAGGAAGAAAGCAUUUCAAGAGUUUAAGAAGCAAUGUUACACAGUAUAACACAAUUCACUUAGUUCUUAUAAACAAUGUAUUUGAACUACUGGUGGUAUGAUAAUUAAAGGAGAUUUUUGGAUUGGGAAAUGUUAUCUACUUUUUAAGGUGGAUAACUACAUUCUCCAGCUUCCAUUUAAAAACAAGAUCUGUCUCUUUAUCUUAGAGAUUCAAAGGGUCCCAAAGCCUCAGCACUGAAGGGAUAGUCAGGUGUGAUCUGGUAAAGGAUGUUAGCCACAGUACCACAUGUUAGUGAGCCUAAUCUGUGCCGCACCUGUGGAUUAGCAAUGGGAAACAGGGUGCAUAUGGAUAUCUACAAGCUACAAGCUGAAGAGAUUUCUGUUAGAAAAGCUUUGCAAUAUUUGGAGCAAAAAGGUGGUAGAUGAAAAUUCUCCCUGAAGUCUAAGAAUGGAGUAUAUUUGUAGAUGCAUCCUGUUUUUUGCUUUUUCUUUGGUGGAAGUCUUUCAUGCAAGGACAAUUUUACAUGGUAUCCCAGUGAUUCAUUUAAAUUGUAGGUCUGGUUAACUUGGUCAUGACCACAUGACACAAAUGCAAUUAUUUUAGUAUACUUAAUGAUUGCAUAGGAUCCAAAAGUGGCACAGGAUAGAGCCCAGUUCUAUAUAGUCACCUUUAAAAUUAGCCACAUAGGUCAUUAGGAUACUGUGCUCUGAGUUUAGUAGUGCUGGCCAUUCUAUCUUUCCACAUAGUGCACAUAACAUUCACCAAUGUGUUACAUUUUGUGUCCAUAAGGCUAAUCAAUAGUGCAUUGUGUUCCACCAAAGUUCAAUAGUAGCUUUUAGAGGUUUUGCCAUUGGUACUUUAAUAUACUUAACUGUAAAAUUUCCUUUCAACGCUAUUUUAUAUUUUGGAAAGAAAAAGGAGUGUUUAUUUUCAUUUUCAGUAUAUUGCCUCCUGAAAUUUCUAUGUAAAAUAAAAAAUUUACACAAACCAUUUUAGUCUAGAUACUAUUUUAAAUCCCUUAUCUCUGUACCUUAAUAAUUUAGAAGAAAAAUUUUAAAACCUACUUUUUUGUAUAGGUCUUCAGGUAUAAAAUGUUUGCUUCAGAGAAAAACUGUAUCAUUAUAAUCACUCCCUUCUGCACUGUGGUGACUUCUUUCUUAAAGCAGAAACCUGUGAAAGCUCUGAAAAGGUAGACCUGCUUGAUUAGGGUUUGCUAACAGUUUACACCCUGGAUUUCAUUUGAUCAAGUUUCAUUAUGAACUCCUGGUUGCCUGUUUGUCCUUUGAUAUCCAGAUCCCUUAGAGAUGCACUAUCCUAUAGGUUCUAUAUAUUACUUUUUUGAAAGCUACCAAAAAGCCAUAUUACCUAUAUUUUGAUUUACAUAUCUUCAGGAAUGUAACUUUUGGUUCUUCCACCUUGACUACUACAUUCCAAGUUACCCUGAAAAUUACAGAGUGCACAGGCUUCAAAUGUGUGUGGUUACAGUUGGGAAAUCAGGAGGGUUUAGGAGCUCUAUAAUUACAAACUCUAUGUUUAUGUGGGUGCAGUCCUUCCAAUCCACCACAUCAUGGUGUUCUCUUGUCACUGCAGCAGUUCUGAGUAGCAUAUCUGCAUGAAGAUACAUAGAAAAUAGUGUGUGCAUAAUUAAAACAAUCCAGCACAUCACGAAGAGAUCUUUAAAGCAGUAACAUGAGAUCUGCUGACCUUUCUGAGAGAAAUGUGAUGGGGCUUUGCUUGAACAGAUGUCUAGCUAUGAAAUGGGAGCAUGACACCAUCAGUCAUUUUUAGCGAACGUAAUGGCCACUAUCUCUUCUGGCCAGGGUUUGUGACUGUGAUCACUGGAAGCGUCUGGGUGGUAGAGUGUUUUGGGUAGGUUUCUUUUACAAUUACUAGGCAACAGUUUAUAUAUUUGCUCAGUUAUAGAAAUGAUGCAAUAGGCAGUCAGAAGGAUGUGAGUAAUUUAUUUCUUCUGAACGCCCUCAACCUUAUUGACAGUAGUUUUAGAAUGGAAGUGUAGCACUGUAUAUCAAACUAAGAGUAAGUGAUGGGAGCAUAAAAUAUUAUUCUUUCUAAAUGACCCACAAAAGCCUUUGAAAGUAUUCAGAGUUGGCUGCUAUCCCCAAAGGAGCACCCGGACAGCAGUCCCCAAAGUUUUGGCAGGAAGUAUAGGGUUUACAUUUAAGUAAUGUACUAAUAUUAUGCUGAAAUAGAUUUAUAUUCUUGGUUGACUUAUGUCAGAGUCAGGCACUCCACAUUCGUCAUCUACAUCACUUCACGUGUCUUCUUUUUCCCUUUUUAUCUUUAAAUGUGACCAUUGGAAAAUUAAUUUCUCUGGAGUAUGCAUGAUUGUGUGCCUGCUUCCUUUUGAUCUAAUGCAGGCUUCAUAGUUACAUCUGUUUUUACAGGGCCAUGACAUAACCUCUCUGUCUUUGUGUACAUACAUUAUAUGUUGUACAUACAACUAUAUGAUGUACCUGCCUUCUUUCUCACUCCCCUUUCACCAGAAUCUGUUGCUUCCCCCUUGUUCCAGCUCUCUGGACUCUGGAAAGUCACCGAUUCCAGUCAAGACUACAGACCCAGAAUAAAUCAGUGCAUUUCAGAAACACUGAUGAAUUUAUUUGUAUUUCUUCAAGAAAUGUCCCACUUUAAGGAACAAAACCCUGGCAAGUUUUGCCUACUAGUCUGCAGCAUAUGUACAUUUUUCACUGUCUUGGGAAGUUACAUUCCUGGAGUUGUCCUCUCCUAUGUCUUGUUAUUGUGUGCCUUUUUAUGUCCCUUCCUUAAGUGCAAUGAAUUUGGACAGAAACUGUGCAGCAAAAUAAAGGCUGUUUUCAUGAAACUAGAUUUUGGAAUAGUGGAAUAUAUCAACCAGAAGAAAAAAGAGAGAUCUGAAACAGCAAAAACAAAAGCCACAGAAGAUGACAGUGAAUUAGACAUAUCAGCUCUGUGUCCUAAGGUUAGUCCUGCAAUUGUUGCCAAAGAGCUGUCAGUGUCUGACACAGAUGUCUCAGAAGUAUCCUGGACUGAUAAUGGGACCUUUAAUCUAUCUGAGGGGUAUUCUCCACAGACAGACACAUCUGAUGAUUUUGACCGACAUAGUGAUCAUGAAGAAGCUUUCGCUAGAGAUCUUUUAGAGUUUCCCUCUUUAGAAAAUGGUGCCGGCACAAACGAUGACGAUGACUCAAGCAUCGGUUUGCCCACCCAGCAAAAACGAAGGAAAGAGCAAACUGAUGUCAAGGUGGAUCACGCUUCCAGACAGAGUAAAGAGAGACCAUCCACUGCAGGGCUGUCCUUGCCUUUGACCAGUGACCAAACCUUUAAUUUAAUGAGUGGAAUUGCUGGUGAUGUCAUCACGGCUGCGGUGUCUGCUGCCAUCAAAGACCAGCUGCAGUCCCUACAGCAAGCUCCCUCACAGGCAGCGCCCAGUUUGAGCGAAGAGACAGACACAGAAGAAGCUGAUGAUUUUGAACUGCUUGACCAGUCUGAGCUAGAGCAGAUUGAGAAAGAAUUAGGACUUUCACAAGGUCAAGAAGCAGAAUCCCAGGAAAAGAAAAAGUCUUCAGGCUUCCUUUCAAAUCUGCUUGGAAGUCAUUAA